AUGUUGACAGUCUCAUUUAUCUUCCUUGUACAUUACUCUCCAGUCCAUUUUCUCGCUCGAUGUCCUCCAAGUCAUCUUGUCGGUGGCAAGCUGGUGCAUAUAUUAACGGAGAAGUUCACCUGUCGUUUCUUCUGCAUCAAUGACAGUGUGCUCGGUCGGUCCUUGAUGAGCCAACAUCUUACUUAGCUUGUCCUGAUCGCCGCCAUAUCUUCGCUUAAUAUACUUCAGUCUUAUUUGAGCAAAAGAAGCAAUGAAUUGGGCAUUGGGAUCGGCUUCUUCCUUAGCACUGGCAACCUGCCGGGCACUCAGAUUUCUCGAUUCAUCCUCGGUCGGCACUUUGGCGGCCAGUAUACCGGACUCAGUGUGCCCGCAGACAAUAUAAAUUUUCUCCGCUUCGCAGCCCAGUUCCGUGCAUUGCACCGCGGCGCCUCGUUCAACGAGAUCCGCACCACCGAGGUGCGCCGCCUCCUGCCUGAGGCUUGGGGCUUUAUCUGUCCGGUGCAUACUCCUGACGGAGCGCCCUGUGGCUUACUGAAUCAUUUGGCUGAGCCGGUCGACGUUGCCUACGUUGGGCCCAGCUUUGAUGAAAUCGAAAAGCUGGCGGAGUGGUUGACGCGUGAGAAGUUGCGACCCGUAGAACUUGUCCGUCAGCUUUCAUCGCAGGCUGAGCAUGAUGGUGCUUACUUUAUAAACUUUAUUUUAAGCUCACUCUCCAACACCACAACACACCACUCUACCAUUUUCCCUCAUUCCUGCACGCUUCUGCAUACGGAACCCUAG